AUGAAACCUGGCCGACCAGGGCAGACCACACCAACCAACUCCCCUCCCUGCUUCUUCCCCUCUCGUCCCUGCUCGCCCUCCCCUGCAGCGAGUGACGUCAUCCGCGCGGCGUGCGGCCAAGACAUGCUCACGGACGUGUCUGCUACGCCGCCGCCGGCGGUGGCGACGGCGAUCACGGUGGGCAGCACCUUCGCGUUCAACUUCACGGCGGCGCGCUGCACCAACCUGCAGAGCACUCUUCCCAACGCCACCGUGCAGUGGACGUCCGCCGCCGCCGCCACCGCGAAGCUCCCCGCGUGCGAGAACAUCACCCUCUGGACCGGCCCUGAUUGCACCGGGGUCGUCGCGUCCUUCCUCGCCAAGCCCUCCAGCCCGACCACCUACACCACCCGAACCAUCCUCUCCUCUCCGUAUCCACUGUCGGCUCUCUGCUUUAUCGCGGGAGACGCUCCCUGGUGGCCCACGGAGGUGGCAGCCAGGGUGGUGGUGGCGACGGCCGUGGCAGUGGGCGCCUACAAGGUCGCCUUCGACCCCUCCUCGCGCUGUGCAGGCGUGCCAGCCGGCACGGCUCCCGCUGGCGUGAGCACGCCUGUGAGCGUCCGGUGGGACGCGCCGUGCACCACGCUGGCGUUCUUCCCCGGCAGCAGCUGCAGCGGCGCUGUCCUGAAGCUCAUGUAUUCCUUCUCCAGGUCCGUGCGUGGAUCUAAGUGGGUGCUGCGUGUGGUGUGGUGCGGUCUCGAAAGAAGGAGCGGGAAGCACCCGAGUCAAGGGUGA